ACAACAGGGAACAGAUGGUGCAAGUUCUGUAUGAAGCUACAGAGAGAAGGGUAGCGAAAGAGUUCGUCAGUUACACAGCUCUCUAUAUUUCUGAAUGUAAAACAAAUAAGUGGUCGUCAGCAUAGCCUCAUUUUCAUUCAAUAAAUGGCAUUGUUGUUCUACGAAGAAAAAAGAAACGUAAAACUACAAAAGGAUUGAGCAUGGAAAAUUUUUGAAAUCUGAGACAGAGAGAGGGGAGAGAAGACCUUUCAGCCUCCUUGCUGCGUUUCGUUCAUGUUGUUUUCUCUCUCACUUGUUGCUCAAGGCAAGAUACAGAAAUAUCAUUUGCUUCUAUAUUGCAAGGUACUGCCAACAUCUCCACAUCAUCGGUAGUGAAGAGGUUGGUUCCAUUAGAAACCCCCUGCUCGACUUCAAAAGACGAGAGUGCGGAGACCUCAGAGGAAGAAUGGGAAAGGCUGUCUCCUACAGCCCCCACCAGCUCAGAUAUUGAUAUCAUGGCGGGGGGGGACAUUUGGCUUAGAGAGUGUGGAGCAUAAUCUGGUGAGCACCUCACAGCAACAGCUCUACAGCUGGGUAAGGAGGGCACUGACACUUGGAGGACUGCUGAAGACCAGGCAGUGCACAGAAAACUGGAGGAGAACAAUAACUUGGUGACAGCUGGGAGCAUGGCGAUCCAAUAACAUGUAAAGAAACUAAAUCUGCCACAUGUCAAGCGGCAUUUUCACUUGUGAUGAAUGGUAAAGUAAUGGCUAAAGCGAAGAAAUGAGUGGCUGUGAAGGGGAUGCUGAGUAACAGUAGAACUGCAUUGUGUUGCGGGAAGGCGCUGUUUAACGUCGAGAUCUGUGCUAAGCAGAUCCAGUGUGGUUUACCGCAGGUACUCAGUGCGGAAGGGAUAUGUUCUCUGCAGCAUUUUCCAAGAAUUGCCUGGAAAGUAUCCGGAGCCUGGCAUAAAUCAUCUUCCAGACUUUGUUCUGUUGCAUAGAAAAUUGAAACGCUUUUAUGACUAAACUUUGCGAUUGGGUGUGUAUUGGACUUGAUAUUUUCGAAAUGAUCAAACACGUAAGUGGCCUGGUAUUGCACCAAACAGUUAUUGAGUACAUCUGACUAUAAUUCUUGUUUGCCAUAAAGUAACAAUUUACGUAGGAUGAAUAAGGUUCGUAAACAACGCGUUACCGCAAUAUUUGGAGGCUAUGAGUUUGUUCUGUGUUACUGCUGCAUGUGCUACCUAAUGCGAUGUGAGAGAGAUAUUCUUUUGCCAGCACUCCUUGUAUUUCCAUUCAGUGGUAUCACUCUGUAGUUAUUGUGUUUUAUUGCUUGUACCUCGACGUGGGUCAAAAAGGCCUCCGCAGACUGAAAUGGCUCAAUUCUCGCAGUCGGCGUGUCACAUCUGGCGGUACUCCACACAAAUAAGCAGAACCCGAGGGACAUCCCAGUGUGGUGGCAUGUACAGAUCAACUUCUGAACUUGCACCAUCACUUCUUUUGUUAAUUACUUAGAAUUGCAGUUAAAGAUAGGAAGCAAUUCACAAAACUACACAGCGUCGAGGAAGGCCAUUCGGCCCCAUUGUGUUUGCGCAGGCUUUCCAAGUGAGAUUCUCACUUAGUUAAAGCUACUGGCUAACACCCUAACAGUGGAGAAACAAUGAGAAGUGAGGAUAAUUAUACCAAACAUGUCUACUUUUAAUGUUUUUAUAACGUAUUUGUACUUCUGCAGCCGUAUAAAUUAUGAAAGUUGGCUGUAUUGCGGGAAGUGAUUUAAACCUGGAUUUUGAAAAGGAGGCGCUCGUUCUGAUCCUAAUAUUAGCUAAAUACCAGCAAUUUUCAGCUCGGAUCGGAUAGUAUCACCAGGUCAAUUUCUUUCAUGUCGUACUUCUCACUUCUACAUUUUUUCAGGGAAGUUAUACACGCCGUGCGUUAUGUGAUAUAUGUACAGUUACGUACAUAUAGCCUAAAGAGGACUCUGCUGAUCUACUAAUGUUCAAGUACUCAUCAAUAGGAUAGCUAUGCGACAGUUCCACAGGUUAGAUGAGGCAUCGCGUCUCAAACGCUAACUUGACUUUGACCUUCUCUGGUAGACCAGCUAGAUAUGUCCAUCAUUUCCUGCCGUGUUUUUGUUUUCUGUUACCAUAAGUGUGCGCGAUAAUUUCUAGGAAAAAGGUAUGGUGCAUGGAGGAUAGAUACAUUGACCUAAAUGUUUAACUCUACCGGAACCUCUGCGCAUGGUCUUUUGGCGUACUGUCUUGAUUUGAACUUCAGCAUUGCCCAUUGAGUACAAAGUGAGCUCAUUUCUUCAUCACCGUUGAGGCCUACUAAUUGCGAACCAUAUUAUUGAAACCUAACAUUGGGGGUGUUUAGAAGAAGCGAUAACAAUGAUGACAACGAAUUCAAUCCGUGUUGGCCCACUCGUUAUUUUAAAUUCGAAAUCCUAAAUGUAACGAUCAUUAUAAUCGAAGAGUUAUUUUCUUUUUUGGAUAUUCUUACUGAUUGUCUUUAUCACCCCGUGACAGGAAGCGCCCAGGUGAUGUGACUUCCAGUGGUUUGUCGCACAGACAUGAGCCACUGCAUUAGGCUUCACAGACUUGUGAGCACUUUAUUGUUGUACAGAGAUAGCUCUCUUGCGCCGCUGUUAGAAGGAGCUGGUCAUUACCGCGGGUUGCGCUCGACUUUUCACACGCAACACGAAAAAGAGGACAGACUGGGGGCACUGUAACAAGCACUUGGUGUGCCAGCGAGUAACCAGGUGCUUUCAACAGAUCUAACCGCACCGAGAAAAGUGCAUAUACACCACAAAUAAGCAGGCAAGUGCCGCGCACUCUUUCACUGUGAAAUAAAUGAGGUGUACAUGUUUACUGUAGAACGUGUCCCAUUUAGCCAGUGAAGUUUAUAACACGUCCGAUCACAGGCAGGAGGUGUUCAUUAUAGGAAUGACUAAACUGGAGAGAAGGACGAAAUUAAUGCGAGGCCAUUCAAAAAAGGUUCAGGCGAAUAUUGGUGUUUGUUGAAGAGCGAGAAUUUAGGAUAACCGAUUAACUGAUUAAUCAAGGGCAUCUUUUGCGCAAAGGUUUCCCCAAAACUCCUUCUGUUCCCGGGACCCCGAAAAUAAAUCCCCCAGAAUAAGUGGUUGGAAAAGCAAAGAGAGAGCGAGAACGGGAGAGGAGGGAGCGCUGACUGAGUUGUUUGGAAUGUGGAGUCUUUUGUUCAUUCCAAAGGAAUUAGUCCCCGGAAUAUCAGCGUUUUAAAGGUUGCGAGUCUGUGUGAAAGUUUGAAGAUGAUGGAUAUCCAAGCGACCUUACACAUCACGUAAAAGCCUCCAGCACUUUCAUUAAUUGAAACACAUUCCAAAUCGUUAUUCUCGCCAGCCGUAAUUAGAGCAGAGCUGAUAGCUGUGAGUGAGAGCGCAAACUUUGGUGAAUCGGAGCCGAAUGGCUGUUUUUUUUCCCGGUGUAAAUUGUUGGUUGCACAAGUCCCCAAUUUCCAUUUGUUAAUUGAUGCAAUUACGCCCUGCUCAUAUUGGGCACGCCGUUCUCCAGGCAGCCAUCAAUCAGACCGCAUGGACCUGUCAAAGCGAGGUAUUCGUCUCUUUGGGGACCAUUCUGGCUCUAAUGGAGAAAAAUGGAUAGAUCAUCAUCAUUAAUUAGUGACUGGCCCUUUGGCCAUGGAUCGGACGGGUUGAGAGAGAACGCUGUGUUCUAGGACACCCACAAAAAAAAACCCCGCUUCCUUCUUUUCGACUAUUAACUGUCGACUGUUGGAAGAGGUUCAGCAAUUUGUCUCUCCCGAGCCGCCUCCCUGGCCUGUUCUGCAUCAGUUUGUACUUUCAUUUUUCGCAUCUUCCGCUCUCGUUUUCAUUUCGUUUGAUGUCGUUAGGAUUUUGCCUCAGUUCGGUGUGCGGGGUGAGGUGGGGCUGGGGAACUACUGUGGGAGCUGAGGGGGAGGAAGCUUUGCGGUGAUUUUCAUCACCAUUUAAGGCGAAAACGGUCAAUAUUAUGACCCCGCGAGAAACAGUGUGGCCCACUUUCUGCAUAUUCAUCCACCCCCCCUUCAAACUAAUACUGAAUAAAUUGAGGGAAUUGUGACUCCUCUGAUUGCUUUAAAAGAAUGGGUUGGAGAGUAAUUAGGAAACUUCGUGAUGGAACGGCACUGAAAAUACUCAAUUUGAACAUGUCUCCAUAUGAUUUGUCUGUGCUGCAAGGUGUUUUAAGCAGCCCCAUUGCAGUGAAGUUGAAGUCAUAGGUGCUCCUGUAUGUUGAGCUAGACAUCAGGGGCCUGGGUUAAUGAAAAGAGGACACCAACGCAAAAUGCAACCCUUGAAGACUGUCACAACCUUUUAAAUUCACCGAGAUUCCCUCAAUACGGUGAGCUUUGGGAUAUUUUGCAAUGUUUACAAAUAAGACCUCUAAGUACCUGAGCAACCGUCGGUACACAUCAGAAAUCAAGGUAGAGCUUUAGAAACAAGUGUUGAACGCAUCUAGGAAUAUUCCAUGUUGCAGAUGAUUGGCAAAGAUACCGUUCUAUCCAUACUGUCCUGUCGGUACGGGAUUAAUGUGACGUCACUCUGAUACCCUUCCCUGGAUGAGGAAAGGAAGGAGAGUGGCAAAUUAAAACCGGCAGUAGCCUAUAGAGCAAGCUGCACUUCCGUCCGGGCUUUAUUUUUUAACCCUCUUCGGCUAGAUUUCAUCCAUAACCAUGCCUUAAAUUGAAUACCGGUUAAGCUCUGAACUGCCAGUGUACGGAGCCUUAAGAUUUUAAAAGUGGGAUCAUUGCUAAUGAAGCCAAAGGCCAUGUAUGUAUAUAUCUCGGGAAGAAGACGCAUCCCGAACUAGGGUUUGUUCCCCAAUCUACCAGGAAGAAAUCUUUUCCUAUGGUGGCUCAGGGAGCAGUGAUGUCGUUCUCUCAAUUCGGAUAUCCAUACAACACGGCGUCCCAGUUUUUCGUGUCCGCCAGUCCCGGUGCGACGUGCUGCGAAGCCGGCUCCAGACCUGUGACUGAAGGCUCCACUGGGCCGGCCCAGGCUGCUGUUUGCUGCCCUCCCUAUGAUAACAGACUGCUGGCCAACGCUAGGACCGAGAUUAACGCGGCGGCCGCGGCCUUGGGCAUGUACAACGGCUCUCCCUUUGCAACUACAGCCAGCCCGGGCUACGGGAACUACCUUGCGUACAGUACCGACCCUUCAGCCUUGUACUCCUCACUGAAUUCGCAGUAUGAAAUUAAAGACGGCGCUGGGAGUUUACAUUCGGGAAUUGCAGCAGCUAGCUACUAUCCGUAUGACCACUCCUUGGGGCAGUACCAGUAUGACAGGUGCGGCACCAUGGACUUUCACAGCAACACGCGGCGUAAAAACGCGACCCGAGAAACCACGAGCACUCUGAAGACUUGGCUACACGAGCACAGGAAGAACCCUUAUCCCACGAAGGGCGAAAAGAUCAUGUUGGCCAUCAUCACCAAAAUGACUCUGACUCAAGUCUCCACCUGGUUCGCGAACGCCAGGAGAAGACUGAAGAAAGAGAACAAGAUGACCUGGUCACCGAGGAACAAAGGUGGAGACGAGAAGAAAGAGGACAGCGAGAAAAAGGACGGGGACGAUUAUAGUGCGGAGAGCGUGGCGAAAGAUGAGAAAGAAUACAGACAUGACAAAGAGUUGAGACUGAGUGAUCUGGACGAUUUCGACGACGACGAAUCGGGGAAAAUGGUCCAACACAAGGCGCCAUGUGGCAUCAGUGCAAGGCAAGCCCUGUUGGAGACUGAGGGAAGUGACUGCAGCGUUUCGCCUCCAGGCAAUCCGCACACUUUCUCCUGCUCGAAGGGUGAUCCCAGCCUUGCACCCCACUUUCUAGAAACCAAUAGCAAUAAGACACCUGUUUCUACGGCAAGCACCAGUCUCCAGCAGCGCUUUGGGAUAGCAGAGAAGCCGAGGAUUUGGUCUCUGGCGCAUACAGCAGCCUCCAAUACUCUGGUGGCUUGUGAAAGUGGCCAUUCCCGGACAGUCAGGUACUGCGCCGAGGUGAGGCCGAGCCAGGCCACGGUCAACCAAGUCGAUGAUAUCCUUUCUCUCCGAGACUCUUCACAUGCAGCCCACAUUCUGAGAACUUCUGCAUUCAAUUUGCAAACGCUUGUGGCCACUGGUCAGCUGCACUGUGCUUCCUACCCUGCACUAGACAACUGCCAGUACACACCAGGGACUGAAGGAUUUUUGAGACAUGCGAAAUCUAAUGUGGUAUCAGCGCAGAUGACGGAAACAUGCUCACUGCGCCAAGAGGGAAAGAUGAGGAGAGCCUUCAGACCUGUCCAGAAGAGGUGAGGUUUGUUUAAAACAGCUCGCCGUAAACCAAGUGGAUGCUGCACAACUCCUUUUAUUGUAUGCACUAGGGAUUGACAAUACACUGGAAAUGAGACAGGAUCCGUUUCUCCCGAGCACUGGAACUGACUUUCAAACCGAUUCGCUUCGACUUAACCAGUGGCCAGUGAUUCUGAUCAAGAGAAAGCAGAAAAGGGUCGCUUCCUACUGUUUUUCCUUGCACGGACUUAUUUGUUCUAACUCGGGAAAAAAAGUACAAGAAUCAGGGGAGGCCAUUGGGCUUUUAGAUGAAAUAUACCUUACAGUAAUAAUGAAAGUACCCCACAUCUUGCCGCUUAUUGCUUCUGUUUUCGAUUUUCUACCGUUUUAAUUGGAGCACGCUUUGUUUGCAAUUUACUCUUUGGUUGAAAAUUAUUUUGCGUCUCAUACAGAUUCUUAUGCUGGUUUACAUUAGACUUCACUGCCCCACCCCAGCCACUUUAUUUAGUUUAUGCUGUAAAAUGGGAAUAAAUUACACUUGUCAAACCCGUGUAAUGUGAUAAUUGUAAAAACUGCGAGUCACGGUGACCUAUUGAAA